AAUGCAGGCCGCCGCCCUCCCUGAGGAGAUCCGUUGGCUCAUGGAAGAUGCUGAGGAAUUCUUGGCGGAAGGUUUGCGGAAUGAGAACCUCAGUGCUACUGCAAGGGACCACAGAGACCAUAUACUAAGGGGCUUCCAGCAAAUCAAAAAUAGGUACUAUUGGGAUUUUCAGCCCCAAGGGGGAGACCAAGCUGAAAGUUUCCUUGGACAGGACAGCUCUGAUGAUAAUCAUAGUGGAACUCAUGGCCCCUCUCUUACUUCAGAUGCUCCUUUUUUGCCUGAUUAUCAAGAUGAGGGAGUGGAAGACGUCACAAGAGGAGCUCAAGAGCUGGAUAGCAUCAUCAAGCAAGGAUACUUGGAGAAGAAAAGCAAAGAUCAUAGCUUCUUUGGAUCAGAAUGGCAGAAGCGGUGGUGUGUUGUCAGCAGAGGCCUCUUCUACUACUAUGCUAAUGAGAAAAGCAAGCAGCCCAAAGGGACCUUUCUCAUUAAGGACUACAGUGUCCGGAUGGCCCCGCACCUGCGAAAAGAUUCCAAGAAGGAAUCCUGCUUUGAACUGACCUCCCAGGACAGGCGCAGCUAUGAGUUUACAGCUGCAAAUCCGGCCGAAGCCAGAGACUGGGUGGAUCAAAUAAGUUUCUUGUUAAAGGAUCUGAGCUCCUUAACCAUUCCAUAUGAAGAGGAGGAGGAGGAGGAGGAGGAGGAGGAGGAGGAAGAGAUGUAUGAUGAUAUUGAUGGCUUUGACUCGCCGAAUUCUGGUCCUCAAUGCAGACCCGUCACCUUGCCUGGGAGUGUGGGGCUAAAAGAGCCCACAAAGGAGAAAGAAGAAGAUAUCUAUGAAGUCUUACCAGAUGAAGAGCGUGAUCUGGAAGAGGAUGAGAAUGGGGCUCCACGUAAAGGAGUGGACUAUACCAGUUAUUACCAGGGCCUGUGGGAUUGCCAUGGUGACCAGCCAGACGAACUAUCCUUCCAACGGGGUGACCUCAUCUACAUUCUGAGCAAGGAGUACAACAUGUAUGGCUGGUGGGUAGGAGAACUGAACAGCCUCAUUGGGAUUGUUCCAAAGGAGUAUCUCACCACUGCCUUUGAGAUGGAAGAAAGAUGAGGCCCAGGACACAUAGUCUUGUCUCUGUCCUGCCUUUUGGAAGAGACUGAUCAUCAGGAGCUCCUAUUCCAUCCCCCAGACACCCCAUCAACGCCAUGGACUCCUCUUUACUAAACGGACCCAAGCCUCUGACACCUCGCGGUAACUGAAAACCACCAGUGAGACCAGUGGGAAGAGGCAGAGUCAGCAGAUCUGUUACAAAACCCGCCUUGCCAUAGCUUCUCCCACCUUUUAUUUUUUCAUCUGCCUUUAAACAUGUCCCCACAUCCACACCCACCUUCUCCACAGGCUUGCCACAAAGAAGGUGAGAGAAAAGGAAACCUUUGGAGGAGGAAGUUGCUCGUUGUUUCGGCUGACUUGGAAAGCAUAAAUAAACGUCAUAUUUGGUUCCUUGUA